AUGAUUUCACCUUUCGCAAUUCUUGUUUCCAUUUUCCCAUUUUCCGCCGCCCUUAUCGCCUAUGAUAAAGCCAAUGAAUUCCUGAAUAUUCCGGAAAACGAGAUCCGAGUAAUCACUCCGGUUAUUGAAAAUUUCAAGCCAAAACUUCACGUGCAAUUUAUCAAUUUUCAAAAUAUCAAACGAAGAAAGGCAAGUCGCACCAAAAAUGGGCAAAUUCGAAUCGAGACUCAUCUCGAACCAACUGUCGAAAAUGUAACGAUCAACGAUGAUUAUGUAAAGUUAAGGUUCGGAGGAGCUUCAAAAUCACACUUUCCGUAUAACCGAGUAAUUGGCUUCGAAUCUAAUGUCGAGACAACUUCAACGACCACUUGGGAAGCAAUAACUCCUCGAAAUUGGGCGACGACUUCAGCAAAAAUGCCAAAUUAUUCAGCCGAGCCGGCGCUUUUUCUUCCCUCACGGUUUCAUAAAAACCAGAAGAAUGUUGUCAUCGUUUUCAAAAAACCUGUUAAACUUAGAAGAUUCUAA